AUACUCAUGAACAUACAAAGGUCAACCCCUAUCACGAUAGCACGAUAUGGGAGACCGCGGAAUAAAACCCAGGAUUUUGAGGAGCUCUCGUCCAUACGGUCCAUCGAGCCAAGCCAGAGUUUUAGCCCGAAUCUAGGCUCGCCGAGCCCGCCGGAGACCCCGAACUUGUCGCAUUGCGUUUCUUGCAUCGGGAAAUACUUAUUGUUGGAGCCUCUCGAGGGAGACCACGUUUUCCGAGCCGUACAUCUGCACAGUGGCGAGGAGCUGGUUUGCAAGGUGUUUGAUAUUGGCUGCUACCAGGAGUUAUUAGCACCAUGUUUUUGUCUGCCUGCGCAUAAAAAUAUCAACCAAAUUACUGAAAUAAUUCUUGGGGAGACAAAAGCAUAUGUGUUCUUUGAAAGGAGCUAUGGGGACAUGCAUUCGUUUGUUCGUACCUGCAAGAAGCUUAAAGAAGAGGAGGCAGCCAAACUCUUCUAUCAAAUAGCUUCCGCUGUUGCACACUGCCAUGAUGGUGGACUGGUACUGCGAGAUCUCAAGCUGCGAAAGUUUAUUUUCAAGGAUGAGGAAAGGUAA